UUUCUCUUUUCCGAGUGUUUUUGAAUGCAUCUUUUCUACAGGUCGUGACGUCACAGCGUGUAUCCGGUCUUCUUCUUGUCGUGUGGUGGCAGCUUCCAGAGCCAUCGAAGAUGACUACAGCUGCAAGACCAACGUUUGAGCCGGCGAGAGGAGGGAGGGGUAAAGGAGAAGGUGAUCUGAGUGCUCUGUCCAAGCAGUAUUCAAGUCGAGAUCUUCCAGGUCACACGAAGAUCAAGUACAGACAACCCACCCAGGAUGCCCCUGAGGAGGUGCGUGCCCGUGACUUCCGCAGGGAGCUGGAGGAGAGGGAGCGUGUAGCUGUACGUGACAAGACCAGAGAAAGAGGACCAAGAGAGCACACCACAUCAUCAUCAUCUUCAUCAUCCUCUUCAAAGAGGCCCAGACUGGAUCAAAUCCCAGCAGCCAACUUGGACGCUGACGACCCUCUAACCGAUGAUGAUGAAGACGAGGACUCCGAGGAGGACAGCGAUGACGACGACACCGCAGCUCUUCUGGCAGAGCUGGAGAAGAUCAAGAAGGAGCGCGCUGAAGAGCAAGAACGCAAAGAGCGAGAGCAAAAGGCAGAGGAGGAGAGGAUUCGCAUGGAGAAUAUCUUGAGUGGCAAUCCGUUGAUUAAUUUGGCAGGACAACAGCAACAACAACAGAUGAGCCAGACUCAGACCACAUUCAGGGUCAAGAGAAGGUGGGAUGAUGACGUUGUGUUCAAGAAUUGCGCCAAAGGAGUGGACGAAGCACGGAAGGAGAAACGUUUUGUCAACGACACGCUGCGCUCCGAGUUUCACAAGAAAUUUAUGGAGAAAUAUGUAAAGUAAAGGACUUGAUGUGGCUGCAUUUUAUUUUUCUUCUAAUUUCUCUGGUCUGCGCUCUCCGGCUGUCCAAAUACAUCCUGUAUUCAAAUUAGUAUCUGUACAGUCAGCACGUAAACUGUUGUAUAUAAAUGAGUUGGUGAGUUACAUCCUUUGAAUAAAGCUUCUGAAAAAUGUCAUUUGUUAAAUGUGAUUCAACAAAAACAACAAGUUUCCAUAGUUUUUAAAAAAAAUUCAUUUCAAUAAACUGGCUUGUGUUUAAAAUGGA